AUGGAAACACUAAAUCAGUCUAAAUUUAUUCCAUUUUCUAUGGAUAAAAAUGGCCCUAAUAUCUAUCAUUUAUGCUAUGCAGAUGAUACUAUUCCUUUCUCCUCAUGUGAUUCUCAUUCCCUGGGUCUCCUAAUGAGUAGAUUGGGGGAGUAUGAAGGUGUCUCUGGACAACUUAUCAAUAGAAACAAAUCUGGUUUUUAUGUAACCUUUAAAGAGGACGAUCCUAGAAUCAACUUGAUAAAAAGGAUUACUGGUUUCAACCAUUGCCAAUUCCCUAUGAUCUAUCUUGGAUGCCUUAUUUAUGUUGGGAGGAAAACAAUUGUCUAUUUCAACACCAUGGUGGCUAAAGUAGCCAGAAGCCUACAGGGAUGGCAUGGCAAACUACUAUCCUAUGGUGGUAAGGCUGUCCUCAUCAAAUCAGUGCUUCAGGCUCUUCUUUUACACCUUCUAUCUGCUGUUCACCCCCCUAAGACUGCCCUAGAUCAAAUUGAAAUGAUUAUAGCUAAUUUUUUCUGGGGUAUGGAUGGUGAUAGAAAAAAGAAACAUUGGUGUUCUUGGAAUGAUAUGAGCUAUCCAGCUAGUGAGGGAGGAGCAGGAUUCAGAUCUUUGAAGGACAUCUGCAACUCCUUUUCUGCUAAACUUUGGUGGAAAUUCAGAACUCAAAAUUCUCUAUUGAGAUCUUUCUUAAAAGCUAACUACUGCAAGAUAUUUUAUCCAGUAGCUAAGAAAUGGGCUUAUGGCCAAUCCCAUAUUUGGAAGAGGCUUAUGGAUAGCAAUAAAAUGAUUGAACCUAUUAUUCUCUGGAAGAUUGGCAAUGGAGAAGCAUCAUUUUGGCGGGAUAACUAG